GAUCGUAUUGUAAAUGGCUUUUGGAGAGAUAGAGAAAGAAUAAGAAACAAAAGAUGUUUUUAAUUUGCAGUUUGCGUGGUUAAAUCAAGGAGGAUCUCUUAAUUGUUGAGUUAUAUUGAUAAUGAUUUGCAUCAUUGGGUUUAGCUGAUUCUCAACAGACAGUCACAAGUCGAUAGAAAGUCAGACGAUUAACAGUGAAUCAGAGAUCCAUUAGACAAAAGGAUUGAAAAAAAGUCACAGCUUACUCAUUUGUUCAAAGUUGUUUGCAAUUUUUUUGUUAUCUAUAUUUACUCAUCCUGGUCAUUGCAGUUGCUGUCUCCAUGUUUAAGAUGAGUCUUGUUAUUUCAUAUUGUUUUUACAUUUUAAUGUUAAUUGCUCAGUUUUGGAUAGUUAAAACAACUGAUUUGGUUGAUUGUGACGCUAUUGCUGAAGAAUCAGAUCGUUGUGGUCUUAAAUUGGCCUUUAUUGGUGAUCGAGAUUUUCUCAUUCCUGGAAAUGAUUCACAAAUGGAAGUACACUGCAGGACAAUGUAUGAUAAUUAUUCCUGUUUGAGGCAUUAUGUCAGGAAUUGCAUGAAAACUGUUUCCAAAAGUUUGUUUGUGUCAUUCUUGUAUGAUGUUAAACGUGAUCUGAAACAACGGUGCUCAACUUCGGGGCGAGAAGCAUUUUUGAACCAUAUUGCUUGUCUUCGAAAUGCAUCAGCUGAAAAUAUGGAGUCAAUUCAUCAAUGUAAAGACAAUUAUGUGAUUCAGCUGGAAUGGAUUAUGGAUAAUGUUAGAUCAGAAGAUCAAAUUAUCGCUGGUUGCUGUGCUUAUGCUCAAACACAGGACUGUCUUAAGCAAAAGACAGCAAAAAUAUGUGCACCAGCUGAAGAGACUAUGGAUUAUCUUAACAAAAUGGUCCAUUCAACGACAACUCAAGCUAUUAACUAUGCCUGUACCAAAUACCGGAAUGUAUCUCAGUGUCGACAAGAUUUAGAUGAAGUAACAUGGAGAAGACUUUACGAAAGUGGAAUUGGUAAUAAUAAACCUGAUCAUCACUAUAAAUCUUCGGUCAUGGUUACAAUGGCCUUAUUAUCGUCAGCAAAACAGCCCAACUAAAAGGACCAAAAUUUACUUAUUUAUAAUCUAAAAUUCAAAAAUCAAAAAACCUUUGUCUAAAUUUGCAACAAAUUAUUUCAUUUCUCUUGUUCGAUUUUACAUUUUUUUAUUAAUUAUUUUAUUAUUUUAAUUAUUUUAAACUCAGGGCUUCAAUGUAAUAAUGAGGAAGCCCAAAAAGCAUAACAUUGUUCAAGAGGUUGAAAACAGUCAAAAUGAAUACAAGACAAAAUUUAAAUAACGCACCAAAAAACACUUUAUGAUAAAUCAGACGAAAUAUUGAUUGUAUUAUAUUUACUUAUAUUACUUAUUGGUUGUGUUUAAUUGAAUGUUUUUUAAAAUUAAGCAAUUGAAAAUCAUAAA